AUGGGCCAAGAAACGGGAAACACACAGCAAAAUCAAGACUUGAUCGAUGCAGUUAUUUCGGUGCUGGCCACCCCAGAACAACCCACGACGGUCGCAAACGUCUAUUCCAAUGAACGCAAUUUGGCUACGGAGGUUCAAGCGUACGCUAAAAUAGCAGGCCGCAAUUGGACUCUCUACGUCAAACACCUCGCCUUGACCAUUGGCCGUAAUACAGACCCUCAAGACCAUUCUGUGGACAUCGAUUUGGGACCCGCCAAAGUCGUCUCCCGUAAGCACGCAACAAUAAAGUACAAUCUCAAUGGCGGGUUUUGGGAAUUGCAAGUUCAGGGUCGAAACGGAGCCAAACUGGAUUUCAAACGUGUCGCUGCCGGACCGCAGGCCGAUCCAGUGCAAUUGCAAUCAGGCUCCGUACUAGACAUCGGUGGCACUCAAAUGAUGUUCAUUUUGCCAGACCGUGGUCCAUUCGUUGAUCCGCAGGCAUUGGACCACCUCAUUCCCAAGCUAAAUGCAAUGUAUGGGGCGACAACCACAAACCCUCUUCUGCAAGAUUUACUGCGAGGUGUUUCACAACCACGAAAUGCUGUAAAGGCGUUUCGCAUGUACAAUUCUUACGAAAAUCCUUAUGCUGCUGCAUCUGCGGGUGGAUCAUACGCGUCCCCGCAAAUGGGUUCUGGUUACGGUGCUGUAAUGGAGUCCGGGUUUGCCGGAACGAAUGAUAUCGCUUCGGAUUUGUCUCGCGAAGAAAACAAGAACGUUAAACCACCUUUUUCGUAUGCUACCAUGAUCACGCAAGCCAUUCUUUCAAACCCUGAGGGAGUGCUGUCCCUGGCUGACAUUUACAAGUACAUUUCGUCAAAUUUUGCGUAUUAUCGCUAUGCGAAAACUGGUUGGCAAAACUCCAUCAGACACAAUCUCUCACUAAACAAGGCGUUCGAAAAGGUGCCCCGUAAGCCUAGUGAGCCGGGAAAGGGAAUGAAGUGGCGUAUAAGUAAGGACUAUCAAAAAGAUUUCAUGGAUAAGUGGCAAUCAGGCAAAAUCUCCAAGGUAAGAAGAGGAUCGUCAGUGGCCCGCCAAUUACAGCUGCAUAUGACAAAAUUCAAUACCCUACCGCGGCAAAGCUCGGGUGCCGUUGACCAAGAUUCUCCCGGUGGAGAGCAAGACGAGGAAGAUAUACAGAAUCAAAAACAACGCUCGUUACAAUCGUCGGAAAAGGCCCAGUUCGAACAUCUGCACCGACAGGGGUCUCAGGAGGCAAAUAUCGACAAUUAUAAAGACGUUCAGGCACAACACCAGCAUCAAGAUCAAAAUCAACAUCAACGUCAUCCGCAAGGGCAGCCACAACGGUCAGAUAUUUCAGGCACUUAUCAUGUUUCACAGGAUCACGGCCAGAACCCUUCGCCAACCUCUGCGAACUUAUACAACUCGUUGCAUCCUCCAACUAAUUUACCCCCUGCAUCUUCUCUGUCGCCCAUAGCCACGGGAAGACCACCUUCACCUCAGAUGAACCCACCAUUGAAUGUCCCGGCGAGGCAGUCAUCUUCAGGGUACCCAUCGCUGCCGCGUCCCACAACGCGGCCACCUACGUCCCAUAUGCAAAUGGGCAGCAGCAUACCUAGCACAGCGUCGCGAUUAUCUCCGACCCAAGACUCUUUGCUGCGGUCGCCCACUAGACCAUUUCACAUAACCGCCAUGGAAGCGUAUACACCAGAGCGUGGCAGUGGGCAACAGGCACGUUCGCCCGAGGGAACACACGCACCGCAACUGAACGUCGACACCAGAGGUUCAACUCGACAGACGCUGCCCCAGACCGCGCAAAGCUCACCCGGCGUUUGGAACUUACUGCAAUUCAGUUCAGUCAACAACACCCCGGCUGGUUUUCGAGCGAUGGAGGAGGCCGCAGCGCAAAGUAACGCUGGCAACAGCGACGCUUCACGUACUUUGCAACAGGGCCCUCACAUGGGCCGCAUGACACAGGAUCGAAACCAGGUGCCCACUUUACACAUCAACGGCAGCUCUGUGGAACCAGACAAACACUCAAACGGUGAAAAGGAUUCAGAAUUUGUGUCGUCACCCAUAAAGAAACACGGCAAGGAUGCGUCCAAGGGUGUCAAAGAUCUGAUGUUAGACAUAGAGGGCGCCAAAAUCAGCGUAGUUGACGACCAUAGAUGA